GAGCUUAUUGAAUCCCUCACAAAUGCCAACCAAGCCAAUGGCCAGCCCGAAAGCACAGAGUCACCAAACCCACGUCUCCGGAAGAAUGCUGCUGAACCCACCCCAGCUGCCAAUGGUGAAGCAGGUGCAGACACUGGAAAGAGCUACACACCGGACCAGCUGGAAGCUGUAAAAAGGGUAAAGCAAUGUAAGGACUACUAUGAAAUUUUGGGAGUAACCAGAGAAGCCACUGAAGAUGACUUAAAGAAAUCCUACAGAAAGCUUGCUCUAAAAUUUCAUCCAGAUAAAAACCACGCUCCUGGUGCCACAGAAGCAUUUAAAGCUAUUGGGAAUGCAUAUGCAGUGUUAAGCAAUCCAGAGAAGAGGAAGCAGUAUGAUCAGUUUGGAGAUGAAAAGGUGAAUCCAUCUCGACAUGGACACUCCGACUUCCACAGAGGGUUCGAAGCAGACAUCUCCCCUGAAGAUCUCUUUAAUAUGUUCUUCGGAGGAGGAUUUCCAUCUAGUAAUGUCCAUGUGUACAGCAAUGGCCGAAUGCGUUAUACCUAUGCUCAGAGACAAGACCGGCGGGAACAUCAAGGAGAUGGAAGUCUUGGAAUGUUUGUCCAGUUGAUGCCUAUCUAUCUUGAUCCUGAUCAUUGUAUCUGCACUAAGUCAGAUGAUGGUGUCCAAUCCGCCUUACAGCCUCAGCCAUAGACCGUCUGUGGGUCAUAUACAUAAGAGGAUCACCGAGCACCUCAAGGUCCCAUAUUUUGUGUCUGAAAACUUUGAAGAUGAGUACACUGGUGGUAAUCGGAGAAAUGUGGAAAGAAGUGUAGAAGAGGACUUCAUAGCUAAUCUUAGGAAUAACUGCUGGAAGGAGAAGCAGCAAAAGGAAGGAUUACUAUACCGAGCACGUUAUUUUGGAGAUGCAGAGCUCUACCAGAGAGCGCAGAGGAUGGGCACCCCUAGCUGUAACAGACUGACGGAAGUCCAGGCUUCAAUGCAUGGCUAG